AUGGAGGCUUUGGUCUGUGCUUUCUCUGAGCUUCGAAUAAGAGAAGAUGCAGUGAGCCUGACUUUGGGCUGCCCAGGCAGUGCGGACACUCCCCCCAACAUCUACGAGGGGGGUCUGGGGGCCCAAAGGCUGCAGUGCCCCAGCCCACCAGGCAGCAAGCCCAAGAACUUCCGUCUUCGUCACCUUCGGAGCCUGGCACUUUAUCUGCCCAGCAGCAUGCAACCUGCUGGCCAGUGCGAGAGUCACUGGCUGGGGAGGCUAAUGGCAGGGGGUUGCCUCCCACGGGUGGGGCCCCUGCCCAAGGGCGGGGCAUGGGCCCUCGAGCUUCCUGGCCCCCUGAGCUCUACCAGCCAUCCCCUGGAUUCACCAGGUCCCCAACCACCCAGGGAGAACCUAGGGAGUACAGCUUCCAGCUCCAGCACCGAUCCAACCAAGGGUGCCCUCUCCCAGCCCCGGCCCCCUGAGAGCUCAGGCUCCAGGCCCAAGAGGUCUUGGGGGGCCUUAGAGGAGUCAGCAUGUCCUAUGUGCAAGAGGACCCGGCCUGGGGGCCAAGAGAGGCCAUAG